UUCAAGGAUCAAAAUAUUUUUGUACCGCUUCGUGGGGGAGGGCUCGUUGAUACGCUUCCUUAAUCGGAAUAUUACUUAUUGCUGUGACUUAUUCAAACUUCAAUUAUUGUUAAUUGAAUAUAGUUGUAAUGGUUUAAAUCUUUGUUUUUGUGUGUAGGCAUAUAACGUUAAUCUUUGUUCGUUUGUAUACAGAUUUUUAUAAUUACAAUAACAAAAUAUAAAUAACUAGUGUGACUUUUGAAUUGUUGUUCGAAAAAAAAAACACUGCUAUGGUAUCGCCAACAAAUUUGUUAAAGCGGGUGAGCGAAGGCGGGCGGCUCGUACCGUUCUUCAAAGCGGUAUGCAUUUACUUCACCGUGGGGUGCGGCGGCGCGCCGUCCGUGUCGGUGGCGGCGUUCAAGUGCGCGCCGAUCCUGUGCCUGCUGCUGUGCGUGGCGCUGCGCGCGCGCGGGCGCUCGCCGCACGACGCGUACGCGCGCCGCGUCGCCGCGGGGCUGGCGCUGUCGGCGGCGGGCGACGUGUGCCUGGUGUGGCCGCAGUACUUCGUCGCGGGGAUGGGCGCGUUCGCGGGCGCGCACGUGGCCUACAUCAGCGCGUUCGGGCUGCGGCCGCUGCGCACGUGGGGCGGCGCGGCGGCGUACGGCGCGGCGGCGCUGUUCCUGCGCGCGCUGUCGCCGCCGGGCGCGCUGCGCGUGGCGGUGCCGCUGUACGCGCUGCUGCUGGCCACCAUGGCGUGGCGCGGCGCGGCGCGCCCGGGCCGCCAGCGCCUCGGCGCUCUGCUGUUUCUGCUCUCGGACGCCAUAUUGGCGUACAGCCUGUUCGGCGGCCCCGUGCCCUACAAGCAAGUUUUGGUGAUGUCGACGUAUUACUUGGGCCAAUUGUGCAUCGCAUUGAGCGCCUUGCAACAGCCGCCGCGCGUCGUCGAGCCGGCUCAGCCAAAUGUUAUCGAAGCCAAAUAAUGCGAGACUGUGUGUUUCUCGUAUUAACGUCGCCAAUGAAGUCUUCCCACCAGGCCGGCACGGUUACGUUUACUUUGUUUCAUCUAGGUAUCUCUCACGCACGUGUCUUAUUUUAUGUUUAACUUGGAACAAUGUGACAAAACUUGUUAUAAUUCAUAUAUUAGGAAUAGCCGAUUUUACACAAGUAGUGCCAAAGGAAAAUUUAUGUUAGAACUAUUAAGUUCCCCGUAAGUUAUAUCGAUUUCAUGUAGCCGAUUCAUACACGAAGACUUCAAAAUCGUGUCUUACUUGAAAGUUGAGAUAUUUAUUAUACAGAAAACAACACAAUGUAACAACGAUAUCGUUGUUACUCUUUGCUCAUUUUGUCCGUUUACAACCAUGUUCAUUGUUGGUUCAAUCUAUAUAUAUAAUUUAUACCUUUUUAUUAAUAAGUUUAUUAUCUUAGUAAUUAAGCGAUAAUUGUUUUCUUCCUGUGCGAAGAGCAUGAAUACCAAGUGAGAUCAGAUACAAUUUUUCUGUGAUAGUGUACCGACUAAUUCCACAGAACUAUCCGAGUUCAAAAACAAUUGGCGAUUAGAGGAGUAACGACUCCUUACCGUACUCUCCACAUUGCACAGAGUGCUAGUGGAAGCGUGUUAUAAUGUUUAUGAGCCCAUAAUUAUAGAUGUAUCGCAUACACUUUUAUAUGUGUCGUCUUAUCCCCUGUCUUAAGUCGGGUUAUUUAUAACAGUAGAAAGGGAAGUACCUAGGUAAGUAGCAUCUCUUAGGUGGGCAUUUGUUUUUUCCCAUCAAAAAUAAAUAAGAAGUUUGUGCAGCUGUAACCCAUUAUCUGUGAGUAUAAUAGAAGCCAUAAUUUAGUAGACUCGAAACAUUUUAGUGAAUGAAUAAGCCCUUGAUUUGUAUAUUGUAGUCUUCCUUGUUUGUAGGUAGAUUUCUUUGAAUCAUAGUUUCUCACGAAAUAUUAACGCACAGCUAUAAACUUCAGACCAAUUGAAGUGUUCGGUAGUAGUAGUUCAAUUAGAUCUAUUUUAUAAGACUGAGAAAAAUUUUAAAUUCUAUUCGGAUUGAUUAGGAAAUGUUUCUUGCUACAUUCCACUGAUCUAAUUCAAGUUUUAAGAUGGCAAUCUCAAUAUGGUCCUCUCGUUUCCUACGAUAUACUAUUUUAUAUUCCAAAAUAAACAUUUCAUAUUCAUUUAUUUAUUUUAUUCGAAAUGAUUUUAUUGUAUUUAUAAACUGCAUUACAGCGAUAUAUGAAAUAAUAUAAAUAAGUGUUAUUAAGUAUGCUAUUAUAUUAAACUCAAAAUCGUUUCACGAAUAUUACGAAAUUAUAAACAAAUCCUUCAGAGAACACUCGCUAUUAAAAUGUAAAGUCUAUGCGUCAAACGUAAGCGCUGCACUUCGUUGAAUAUAGUUUAGAGAGUGAGUGUAGACGGCACGAGUGUGCAAGCGAGGAAACAUUAUAAGUCAUAAGCACCGUCAUUUUAAAUUCCACUCUCUAAUAAACCGGGAUAUAAGUAUAUCUAGAAGGUAUACUAUUUAAGCAAGUGAUAUGUUUGCGUUUAACAGUUGAUUUACAUUCCGUGGAAUUCAUAUUCUAAUAAGUAAUGUAUUGAAUAUAGUUAUGCAUCGGUUUUUACUGAAUCUCUGCACUUAAAAAUACAUUGAUCUGCUUGGAUUUAGUAACUUGCAGAGUAGGGUCUAGGUAAGUAACACAUAUCUUAAUGACACGGUUAUCGAUAUAUUUAACGUAUUUUGUGAUAAUAUUAUUUACUAAGGUAACUAAUACUUGACUAUUCAUUAAGAUGUCACGUGCUAUGUAAGUCUUGCGGCGUUGUGUUCAUCUAGUUAACUUUAGGGCCAACAAAAUGAAUGUAGCAAACAAAAAUUAGAAAUAGAUUUAAUCAAAAAUUAGAAAAAGAAACAAGAAAUUAGAAUUAGAAAACUUCCCUUGGACCUGAUGUCCUUUCGUCUUCCCCGUUUUCUCGCAUUGGUUUUAUAGCAUUUACAAAAUAUUCACAGUGAUACAUACAUCCGGUCAUUGUUUUGAUUGUAUCACUACAUCAAAUAAGUAGUUUUCAAACCGCCGAAUAUUUGCGUGAUGUCACUAAUUUUCCCUUUAUUAUUCUAUAUCACAAAGUUCGUUCUGAAAGACACUAAAAUACAAUAUUUUAAACCCCGCUCUGGUGUGUACUCAAGAACAUGACCGUCGCCACACGGAGCACAAGACGCCGAUUUAAAUAUGUUCAUAGCACGUGCCUAACUUACUGGGUCUGGUGUCUUAUAAUUGUCAGUUCACUAAUCGUCUAGCGUAGCUUAGACCAUUUCAUUUUAUUGUAGAAAAUAUUAUUGUUAAGUAAUGUACUAUUUCAUAUUUUAAUGUUAUACUAUUAGAUGUUUAAUUGGGUUUUAUAUCGAUGUUAUGUACAAUAUAAAAUAAUAAUGAAA